UCAUCCCAUCCUGGCUCUUGCCUACCCAUCAGUCUCUCCCGGGUACACGUUCCGCCCCUUGGGAUCGCCUUAGCCUUCCCCCACCCCAGUCCCCCAGCAACUGUCGAGGAUGUGCUGACACCGCGCAGCCAUGGACUCAGCAGGAACUGAGAAGCAACCUGGAGCCCAAGAGGGGACGGCCGAGGGGGCUGCACAGUUCACGGAGGCACCCGGUGAUCACGCUCAGGGCUGUGAGUGUCCAGGAAUGAGAAACCAGGGCCUGGUGUCAGCCCCUGAGGCCUGUGGGACCCAGGGUGAGGACAAGUGUCCAACAGCACCCGUCUCAGAGCCAGAGCUCCAGGAGGAGCGACUCAAGCUGGAAGAAGAGAGUCUCAAGCCAGAGGUGGAGGCGCUAGAGGAGAGAGGCCCCAGACCUGUGGCUUCCGUUGUGAGGUCCAGCCAUGGUCCCAAGAGAAAACCUGUCAACUCCCCAGGGCCUAGUCACCAAGCCCACCAUCCUAAGGCUGAAGCUGAGCUGUCCCAGGGGCUGCCAUUGCAGAGGGAGGACCUGGAGGGUAGCCAGAGCGAGCCCUCACCAUCUGCCAAACAGCACAAAAAAGCCAAGAAACGCAAGAGCCUGGGGGCCCCAGUGCUCCCAGCUGUGGCCAACACAACGUCUGCAUCGUCGGAGACCUUGGGGCUGGAGCGAAAGGCCCAGCGCCUACGGCCCCUGUACCAGUACAUCAACUAUUGCAACCCUGAGCUGAACGAGGCAAGGGAAGGGGAUAGGGAGGCUGAGGUCGAGGUGGAACCUCAGCCGGAGCUGACCCUGGUCCCCGAAGAGGCCGGUCUGGAGCAGCUGCCAGCUUUGCCGCCUGUGGCAGGUGAGCCGGGCUCAGGGCUCACUCUGCCCCGCCCCAAGAUGCUCAUGUCUCCCACCCACGCUCUGAUUCCCCUUGGAGAAGAGGCUGGAGAGGAGCCUGGGGGUUUGCCCAGCUUGGGGGUCAGCGGCUUGCUCAAGACUGAGAUGGAUAAGUCAACUCAAGUGGACAUCAACAAGAUGCUAAGUGUCUGUGCUGCCCCGCUUGUGCCCCCGCUCUCCCCUCAGUACAAGUGACUGUCCCACCCCAUGCGUGGCUCCUCUCCUCCCAAGCCUGAACCAG